AACCACUUCGUCUCGCUAGCCCUCAACCAGACGAGCUGCUUCAACGUUGCUGCACGGCUCGUCGGCUACAUUGGCGAACCAGUUUCUGGCACCGAGUGGAACCCGCUCUUUAUCACAGCGCGCGUACGUACGUCCACGCGCACGGCUCGCGCCCACACGCGUACCGUUCUGACAGCGCGGCUCGACGCCCGCGCGUACACGCACGCUUGUUCCUCCGACGCGACGGUGACAACAAUCACCGAUGACACGGCUGCGGGCCUCGUUCGCAACGAACUGGCCACCUCGUGUGGAGACGUGCGCUCGACUGACAAUCCCGGGACGAACCACGCCAAGGCGAGGCCUGCAGACAGGCUGCGUGCAGGCAGCAAGGAG